GUAAAAAAACCCCAAUCCGGGUCUCCGUCGUCUGUCCCUCUGCAAUUUCACACGUUUCGCCGUCGUCUUCCCUGCCAAUCAUCUCGUUGUCUCCGACGGACAUUGCUGCCGAUGAUAAUCGAGUGUUGAAGCUCCGAUCCAACCAAUUGGCAGUUACCUGGUUUCAUUUGAAUCUUUUGAUUCCCCUGCCUUUGAGAAUCGCGUUCGUUUGGGGGUUUAAAGAGCCAAUUUGAUUGUACUCCAAAGCCAAAAAAUAGUGGAUCUUUGGCUCUACCUGGGAAUGCAAAUAACACCAGGGUUUGAAAACCAUGAUUGACAGCAUUGUGUCUUCUCACGCACAUUCACAACUACUGGACUUUCUUUUUUGGGUACUCGCCAUGACAAUCUGUGUGUUGUCAUCAAUGGUGUCGACUGUCGAAUUGAGUGUACUUGGUGUUGUCAAAGGAGGCUGUUCUGCUGUGAAGUAGAUAUGGAGAACAUUCCGGUUGAGGUUGUCGGAAACAUAUUACACUGGCUGGACACUGCAAGUGACACGGUGGUUGCCUCUGCCACCUGCCGGAAGUGGAGAGAGGCAUGGUGUAACCAUCUCCACUCUCUCAUAUUUUCCUUACACGAGUGGCCGAUAUACGAUGAACUCUCAAGGAGAAAAUUAGAGAUCAUCAUAACCCGGACCCUCUUCCAGACUAACGGUUUGCGCGGUCUUUCCCUGAUAAUGGAAGGCAUCGGCGAGUUCUUUGCCGCCCCUGUCAUCGCGUGGUUGAUGUACACAAGGGGCUCAUUGUGCCAGCUGAAUUACAGCGUGAAGACCGCGCCGAAUGUCAACGUCUUGGAGAUGUGCGGGCGGGAGAAGCUCGAGGUUCUGUCCCUCGGGCACCAAGCGAUAACCAGCGUGGAGCCCAGUCACAGGAAGUUCCUUUCCUUGAGGAUUCUAACGUUAGACUGCGUGGGCAUUUCGGCUUUGGAUUUGAGUCUGUUGUUGGGAGCAUGUCCGAAGAUCGAGUUCUUGAGUCUCACAAGUCUCGACAUUUUCAUGGUGGACCCGCAGGCGACGAUGGAGUUGAGCAGCAAGUCCUUGAGGGACCUUUACGUCGAGGAACUCACCUUGGAAAAGGUUGUCGUGGAAGCCGAGAACCUCGAGAGCUUGCAUUUGAAGAACUGCACGCUCGAGGACUUCGAGCUUGCCUGCAAGGGGAAUUUGAGAGUCCUCGAGAUCGAUGAUGUCGGCAUCAUCCACCUCAACAUCGGGGAAUCUGCCGAGAAUCUGAAGUCCGUCGACGUGAGCAACUUCACCAUCACGUGGUCCAAGUUCCUCCGCAUGAUCUCCAAGUCAACGAGGCUGAAGAAGCUGAGGCUCUGGGGAGUGGCGUUGGACGACGACAACAACGAUGAGGUCUUCAAAUUGGAACAGAUUGCCUCUUGCUUUCCCCGGCUGUGCCAGCUGUCUCAGAGCAUCCGACUGAAAAAGUCGUUCGUUCAGUCUCAGCCACGUCUCGCUCCUGGAGCUCGGGUGGACGGUCAUUCACGACUCGUUCUCGGAUUGGGUGGGCGCGGGGUUUUGGAGAAGUGCCUGCGGCUCAAGAAGGCGAUACACGGCAUCGUCUCGGAGACGAAAACCCAUGAAGAGUGCCAGACGCUGGCUAUCUUCACCUCCUUCAUUGUGAGGCUCAUGAGGAAGUAUGUGCACGUUGAGGUUCAGUUUGAAUAUGAAUGAGUUCACCAUUCACACCAAAUCAUAUCAUAGGUUGAGAUCCAAU